AUGUUCGAAGACACAAAGUCGUCAAAAAUCCCCAGAAUCUGGUAUCAGACGGUUGAAGACCUCAAAGCGGAGCUGCAACAGGCUCAGAGCUUGUAUUCGUCGGCUAAAACAGAAGCACAAAGGCUCAAGGUUUCGCUCGAGGACGCCCGCCUCCAUGGUCAAAAGGCACAGGAGCUAGCACAAAACUCUCAAGUCGAAGUUCAAAGGCUUCUGGCGGAGAACAGAAGUCUCAGGACAAGCCUGGCUCAGAUCUCACAAGAGCAUCGCGUAUCCAAUCUCGCGAGCUCUAAACUUGAGGCUCAAGUCGAGACCCUCCUGCAGGCAAAAGUCGAACUUUCGGAGAGUAACAUGCUUCUUCGCACAGAAUGUACAGCUGCCGAAGAGCAGGGAAAGACGAUACGACUGCAGUUUGCCACGAUGGAGGAUGUCAAUUCGAAGCUUCGUGAGGACUUGGAGAAGACACAGCAGGCAAACCUUGGCCUGGAGGAUACCGUUUCUAAUCUAAAGAGCGGAAUCCAAGACUGGAAGAACAAAAGCAUAGACCUUGAAUGGCAAGUUGCAAGCCUUGAGAAGAGGCUGGAGGUUUCUACAGCAAGCAAGGAUAGCCUGCGCGGCAAGCUCACGGAUCUUCGAGCCAAGUUCGAUGCAUCAAUUGCAACCGAGAAGAAGCUGACCGAGCGCAACGCAACAUUAAACCUAAGAACCAGGGAGCUCGAGAAACUUCAAAAGGAGAAACAACUCGUAGAGUGUGAAGACGAGCGAGACGAGACUGCGAUGGGGGCAGGGAUAUCAGAUGAGGCACAGAGUGUCAGCACAAGUUGGCAGUGCGCGGUGAUGUAA